GGGAAUACUAUAAAUAGUAAACACAGUCCAUUUUCCCAAUUGUUCAGGAGAAGCUUUCCAGCAAUGGCGUUUCCAUCCACCUUCCAAGAGAGGCUUCAACAGAUGGAAGCCACUCGAAACCAAAGGCUUCUCCUCCUUCAGGCGGAGAAGGAGCUUCACCUCGCCAAGUCGCAGCUGCUGUCGAAGAAGAUCGAGGACCUGCGGCGGGAGGAGUGUCGGUGCCUCCUCUUGAAGAGGAGAGGCACCGAACUCGCUUGCCAGAUUCUCGCUAGCAAGUCCGAGAUCGACGCCUUAGAAGCCCGGCACCAGGCGGCCGCCUGUGAGUACAGGGAUUUGAAGAGGGAGAUUGAGGAACUGGAAGAGAAGGAGAAGACGAGGGACGAGUUCUAUAAUCUGCGGAUGUCGGAAUUGGAAGAAUUCAAGGAAUCCACUAGGAGAUUUCUUUUGGAUAACCGUGACAAGGUGCAGAAACUGCAAGAUUCAUUCUGGGAAGGCAGCGAUGGAUAUAUGGAUAAUGGUAGGAUUGCGGCAGCAGAGACCAAAAAGUCUGAGCUCUUAGCAGAGAAGGAGAAAUUAGAGAAGUAUUUAAUUUCAAGUGACCAUUUGAGGACGUUGUUGCAGAAGCAACUCCACAAGAUGUUGAUAUCACAGGGCAAAAAGAAGACCAAGGCCCUAACUAAAGAUCAAGUUGAGAAAUAGCAAAGUUGGAACCAAUAUAAUGGACGUUAGUGUGGUCAUAACUAAGUUGCUGUUUAGUUUUCACUUUUCGUUGGUAUUAGAUAGAAUGCUAGUUCUAUGUGAUUCAAGUUAGGAAGUAGUAAAAGAAAUUGUCAUUGUUUGUUGGUCUUUCUGCACCCAUUUCUACGAUGAGAUGCAAUGCAAAACGGGCUUAAUAUGAUGGUGGCCCUGGUGUUAUGGUUGAAUCACUAAAUACUGAAGUCUACUUGAUUUAGGUUGAAUAUGGCACUUUGGGCCCCCAGGGCGUAGUACAAACGGUAGGUUUAGGACAUUUUUGUCAUAAUAGUCAAGGGUCGAAUCUCUAUGGGAGUGGUGCUCUGCUAUUCACUCUAUGCGUCCAACGUCUAUGUACCUGUAUUUAUCUUCCUUUAUAUUCGUGGAUCCGGUUAUAGGAGAUCUGUUGAGGUAGCGGAUCUAUUUUUUUUUUUUAAUAUGACACUUUAGUGGAAGGAAAGGAUGAAGAUUGAAUAAGGUCUUCUUAGAUUGGUUACUUGCCUGCUAGUCCACUUCUUCUAAAGAGGGAGUAGUUCGUUCAAUUGAUUCGAGGUAGGAAUAGUCGACUACUCUGCCUAUAGUAGUAGUCUGGUGAAGGUUAGAUGAAAAGUCAUCGUCGAAAGAAAUGGUCGUGAUCCAUUGGAAUCAGUCAUAGUAAUUAACUGAUGAAUCAUAACAACCAUGGACAAUAAAUCAGAAUGAUUGUGGCAAAGAUUUAUUUAGAAAAAUAUGUUGUUUUAAGAUUUUAAGAGUCCAUGAAUAAGCAACAACAAUAGAAUAUUUUUCUAUUGAAUUAUAUUGUUAAUUCUAGAAAUUCUAUUGUAAUCCUCUGUUAGCUUUGAUCAGAUAUGGCCCAAGCCUCCAAGUAAAGUUUAAGAAUAUAAACACCAAUCCUUUCCUCAUGUUGCUGUAAUGGUGAGUAGCGCCUGUGUGUUCUUGGCCCUCCCACAAUUGCUAACAUGUUACAUGCUCCUUAACUCUUCAAGUGAGGUGAGUCUAGUCAUAUAACCUCCUAGAGAGAUCCAUGCAUCAUUGUCUAACAAUUCGACAUAAGAUUGGUAAACAAAAAAUUGCCUUGCACAUCAAAUUUCAGAACAACAGUUUAAAGCUAUAGAAUAUGAAAACCACCCUAGUGCCUAAUGGAUCUGUGGAAGUAAUGUAGAAAGGCAUCGACCAUUAGGACUCCAAAAAUCACAAGGGAUGGAAGCUUCCUUCAAUGUCAUCCACAACGGAAGUUUUGAUCUCUCCUAGAGGGUGGCAACACAAUCAUCUUUUCUAGAUCAUUUGUACCUGUUAUUGUUCUGGAAGAACUAUCUAUAGGUAGCAAUGAGCUUACCGUUUGCAAAAUUUCGAUCACGGUCUCAGCAACUAGUCAGCUCCAUGAGAGCUUCUAGCAUCGCCAUAAGCAAAAGCUUCUAGUGCGGAGGCUUAAACUUGGAUAUCAUAUCUAGUAUCUAGAAUAAAGUUUAUCAAGAUUCUCCAAGUCCAUAGAUAUCAUAUCAGAAAAUUUUCUUCGUUUAUUACCACUUUAGGACAUAAUUCAAGGCAACAGAAACUUGUUAUAAUCAUUAGUAAACUGAUUUAUUUAUACGUAUUUACAUAACUGCGAUAGAAGACUUAAUUUAAUACAGGCAAACACUACAGCUGAAGAAACAUUUAGCAAUAGGGGUAUUCUUUACACCUCUUACAGCUUACUACUCGUAGCACUCUUGUCUUCUAUCUUCACAAACCUUCCACGGACACGAGGCUGACAGUCUGCUAGAGCCUUUCUGCACGCGUACUGCUAUAUGUGCAAAAUUUUGUCAUUCAUUGGACUAAAACAAUCAUGUGUUUCUAUGAGAAGAAAUAUUAUAGUAAUGCAUUUAGUAAGUUUAAGAGGAUUGCUCUUCUUUUUGUUAACAUACUGAGAACAAUCAUACAAUCUGAUGGAGGUAGAAAUUUCACCUUUAUCUUUCUUCCAUAGUUUCUACUUGUCCUUUUCUUCCUGUACCUAGAAAGCUUUAUCCUCCUUGCUUCAAUCUUCUCCUCGGUCUUCGCAUCCUCUACGGAUGCUAAAAACUCAAGAGAAGGAAAAGUGUUCAUGAUACCAUGAACUGGGUUAUUAGUUCGAAGAAUCUGCCAGAAGAAACUCAAAAUCAAUGACCUGCAAUAUCCUGUGGCAAUUGACAAAAAGACCUAAACAUAUCUUAGUAUAUGUAACAUCACAAGCAAAGAAAAAUCAACUACCGCCAAUUAGUUAAAGCAUGUAUACUUAAAGAAAUCUCGUAGAAACAGGGUCACUUCGAAUCAAGUAUCCAACCCAGAAACUGUUUUGUGAUGUGGCUAUAUGGAUAAACAGACCAGACAAACAAAAGGUAGUAAUUUUUUUAAUCGAAAAGGAAAAAGGCAAAAACACACACACAAACACGGAAGUGUACUCUUAGUUCUGACCUCGAUAUCCCCUUCACUGUAUGCCCUCCUUAUGCCAAAAGCAGACUCAAAAUUCAUUUCAUGCAAGCCAAGCAAACAUGGUUCAACACUGGAAGGGUUAGCACCAUCCACUGUGCUUAAACACUCUUUACUGAUACUCUUCUGCAAAGAUCCCUCUACAGAAGAACCCUCUGUCAGCGGUGCAGAAACCGGAAUAUUUGAUGCCUCAAGAGUAGGCACAUUUGUGACUGACUUUGAAACGAGGUCUCCCUUCCAGUCAUUGAGCACCUCACAUAAGAGAUCUUCAUUUUCAAUUGAUUUCAUAUCUGAAAUUUGUAUUGUUUCAUCUGUAAUAGAACUUCCAUAGCCAGAGAUCAUUGAUAGAGCAGCAGACAAAGGAUUCACUGCAAGUAAUGAUUCUUCUACUAUGGGCUUUGGGGCAUUGAACAGAUCUCCAUCUCCUCCAAGGUCAUAGUCAGAGACAGCAGAUGUAUGGAUCAGGUUAUCCUGUACCAAUUGUAAAAGAAACUAAGUUUUACAGGAAUACUUUGUCUAGCUACUAGCUAAUUAUAUUCUAUCUGGCACUCCAAAAUAAAAUCUAUGUGCCAUAGUAAGUUUGGUCCCUUGUAUAAGAGAUAUAUUGCAACUUACAUUUAAGGUUGAGUUUCUCUAACGUCAACAAAUUCAACACCA